AUGGGUGACUGGGAGGAGGAAUGGGAUGAAAGUGCGCCGGUUGUUGUAGCUCCUCCAACGUACAGAACUCAGACUUACUACCAGAAUCGGGACGGACGAUCUUCUAACAGGGGACGGGGUUCAAGAGGCCAGCACUCUAGCAGUAAUACAGACUGGCGGGCGCGUGGUGACGACAGUAGAGGUUACCGGCAAAAUAAUCGACAGGAUAACAACAAAAAAAUUCACAUACCGUCUAGCAAAGUUGGACGAGUGAUCGGCAAAGGAGGAUCGAAAAUACGCGAUUUGGAAUACGAGUGUGAAGCCAAAAUAAAAAUUGGGGAUUCUAGUGGUAACGAUACUGAUAUAACACUCUUUGGAACAGACGCAGCCAUAUCGAAGGUUGAAAAAAUGAUUAAUGAUCUAACUAUAGAUCGUGAAUGCAGGCCUCCAAAAAAUAACAGCUACAAUGGAGCUAACAGCUCUACAAAUGAAUUCUUAACAGUAAAUAGUGACGGCGUAGAGGUACUUGAUUGGGCUAAAUUAAAUGCAUAUCAUGAUCAACAACAACAAGACAGGUGGGCCAAGUUGCCACCUAUUGUGAAAGAUUUUUAUAAAGAAGACCCAGAAGUAGCAGCCAUGCCUCCAGAGGAAGUAAAACGUUGGAGACUUGCUAAUAAUGAUAUCCAGGUACGAAGAACAUUUGACAAUAAAGCUGAUCUUAAAGAUAUACCUAAUCCAGUGCUUACAUUUGAACAAGCUUUUAAACACUAUCCUGAAAUACUUGAUGAAAUAUAUAAGCAGAAUUUUACUCAUCCGUCACCAAUUCAAAGUCAAGCAUGGCCAAUUUUGUUAAGAGGUGAAGAUAUGAUAGGAAUCGCACAAACUGGAACAGGAAAAACUCUUGCAUUUUUACUUCCUGCUUUGAUUCACAUAGAUGGCCAACCAACACCAAGAGAAGAAAGGGAAGGACCCACCGUACUUAUUCUUGCACCAACAAGAGAACUUGCAUUACAAAUUGAUAAAGAGGUAUCUAAAUACCAGUACAGAGGCAUUAAAUCUGUCUGCAUUUAUGGAGGUGGGGAUCGUAGAGAGCAAAUUAAUGUUGUGACUAAAGGUGUUGAUAUAGUCAUUGCUACCCCUGGCAGAUUAAAUGAUCUAGUAAUGGCUAGACAUUUAAAUGCAAUUAACUUUUCAUACAUAGUGCUUGAUGAGGCAGACAGAAUGCUUGACAUGGGUUUUGAACCACAAAUAAGGAAGUCAUUGUUUGAUGUCAGACCUGAUCGCCAAUGUGUUAUGACUUCUGCAACUUGGCCUGCAGGUGUACGUCGCUUGGCUGAAACAUACAUGAAAGAUCCUAUCCAGGUAAAUGUUGGAUCUCUUGAUUUGGCUGCGGUACACACUGUUACACAGAAAAUUAUGUUUCUUGAGGAAGAUGACAAAGUGGAAUAUCUCUUAGAAUUUAUUGAAAGUAUGGAUCCUAACGAUAAAGUAAUAAUUUUCUGUGGAAAAAAAGCGACAGCUUCUCAUAUUUCUUCAGACUUAGUUUGUAAGGGAAUCAUGUGUCAAUCCUUGCAUGGUGAUAGAGAUCAGAGUGACCGUGAGGCAGCCUUAGAGGAUAUGGUAGAGGGGACAGUAAAUAUCUUGGUAGCCACUGAUGUAGCUUCAAGAGGUAUAGACAUAAAAGACUUGACUCAUGUUAUAAAUUUAGAUUUUCCUCGGCACAUUGAGGAGUAUGUUCAUAGAAUUGGAAGAACGGGUAGAGCUGGGAAAACUGGAAUUGCUUUGUCAUUUAUGACAAGAAGUGAUUGGGCUCAUGCUAAGGAAUUAAUAAGUAUAUUAGAAGAAGCAAAUCAAGAGGUCCCAGAAGAACUACGCUUAAUGGCAGAGAGGUUUGAUGCUAUGAAGGCUAGGAGGGAAAGAGAUGGUGGUAGAGGAGGAAGGGGUGGUCGAGGUGGAGGUUUUAGAUUAGGUAGAAGGGAUAGGUGGUAA